CACUGCACAAAAAUAUUUGAGUGUUUUUAAGAUGCAAGAAUGAUGUGGUUUUGCAUGCAAGGCUCUUAAACUUGCUUAAUUAAAUGGUGCGUCAAAUGACGAUUUUAACGGAAUUUGGUAAUUUGCAUAUUUCUUUGAAAUAAAAGGAUAUUUUGCCAAAAAAAAAUAUCCAAUAGUUUUUGUCACGCUCUUGCCUAUCUACAAUGAAAAUAUGAGCGAAAUUGAAUCUUCGACCCUUGCCGAGUUAUUUUCCAUUUUUAUGGACAGGGACUCUUAACAAUCAAGAAUUCACCAAUUAAUCCUUAUAGUUUCAUCUUAUCCAGCAGGCCGAGAGACCGUGUAACAUCGUCAACAAUCUCUAGUCAUGCUCCAAUCAUCUGGCAUUGCCAUAGCGACGGUGCACUCCGUACUCGUUAUCAUAGAUAUCGUAGGAAAUUGUCUCGUCUGUGCUAUCAUAAAGAAAAAUCAAGAUAUGAGGACUCCAAUCAACUACCUGCUUGUUAACCUGGCUGUGGCGGAUAUUCUAUACGCUACGUUUGUAACACCAGACACUUUCCUUAAGCUCGCUUCCACCCACCCAGGCGGAAUGACGGGUACUGUUUUAUGUAAAUUCAUAACGGGUGGAAACCUCGCAUGGGUUGCUGGAACCUCCUCGGUAGUAACUUUGGUUGCAAUUGCCGCUGAACGAUAUUAUGCUGUAAUCUGUCCUAUUGGUAACAUUGGCAAACUUACCAAGUGUAAACUGAAGGUGUGUCACUAUUAAAGUUAAUUAUUACUAACUAUUAUUGUGGAGGCGCGGUGGCGUCAUGUCUAGUACACUCGACCCCGGAUCGAGCAGUCCGGGUUCGAUCCCUGGCCGGGGACA